GAAAGAAAGGAAGAAAGAAGAAGAAAAGAACACCUUUAAACCACUGGGAGACGUCUGGAUACGGUUUUUAAAACCAUCACCUCACACACACAUCACCUCCUGCUGCCACUCGGCAUCUGCCAUCCUAAAUCAGGUGAAUUCAAAUAAAUAAAAAAGGUCUGUGCUGAGCUGUCAUGGCAGACUGGAGCCUGCUGGGAAACUUCCUGGAGGAAGUGCAGGAGCACUCUACAUCUGUUGGCAAGGUGUGGCUGACCAUCCUGUUUAUCUUUCGUAUCCUGGUGCUCGGGACGGCGGCUAAGUCGUCGUGGGGCGACGAGCAGGAAGAUUUUAACUGCGACACCGAGCAGCCGGGCUGCGAGAACGUCUGCUACGACCAAGCCUUCCCGAUAGCUCACAUACGAUACUGGGUGCUCCAGAUCGUGUUCGUGUCCACUCCCAGUUUGAUCUACAUGGGCCACGCCAUGCACACCGUCCGCAGAGAGAAGAGGAGGAGCAGAGAGGAGGAGGAGGAGGACGGAGAAGGGGGAGAGAGUGAGGAGGACCCAGGAGGGGGUGAAGGAGAGAGAGGAAGAGAGAAACACGGGAGGAAAGGAGAGAAGGGCAGAGGAAAGGAGGAAAAACCAGAAUUGGCAGGUCGAGUCCGUCUGAGGGGAGCGCUGCUGCAGACGUACAUCAUGAGUAUACUGCUACGAAGCAUCAUGGAGGUGGUGUUUCUGAUUCUCCAGUACUUCAUGUAUGGAGUCUUCCUCAAUCCUCUGUAUGUCUGCAAGGCCUGGCCGUGUCCACAUCCGGUGAACUGCUACGUCUCCAGGCCGACAGAGAAAAACGUCUUCAUCGUGUUCAUGAUGACGGUGUCCGCCGUCUCUCUGGCCCUCAGCGUGCUCGAGCUGCAUCACCUGGCGUGGAGACACUGCUGCAGGCGACACUUUUUAAGGGCGAAGGCCGUCGCUCCGGCUAACGCGCCGCUGGCUCGCCGGCUCUCUCUGGCUCCUCCCCCGCCGUCGACCCCACAGCCGAACUCCAGCCAGUGUGUGAUCGGAGAGAUGAACGGCGGCCCGGACGGCGGCGGGCUGGGUCACAAGGACAAACGGAGAUUCAGCAGAACGAGGAGAACGAAGAGCCGGACGAGAGCCGACGACCUCUCCGUUUAG